UGCUCUUGACUUGGAAAUCUCUGAUCAUUGAAAGAAUCUAGUUCGAAAAUUGGAAAAUUUGAGGUUUCUUUGGAACAUCCGGAUAUAUUUUAAAAAAAAUCAACUUAGUUCUUUAUCAGUUGAAUCGUUAGUUUCUGAUGAAUGCAGAAACCAAAUGGAAAUUGAGAUCUCGCUUCUCAACGUUUCAUUAGUCUGAAAUAUAAAACAUAUUUUUUUGAUAGCUUUAAUUUGUUCGAAUAAGCUCAGGUUUUUGUUUGUUUUCACUUAUUUGUUUUUUUACCUAUGCCAACCAUAUUUUCUUUACUUUUUUUGCAUUAUAUAUUAUUCUGUUGUUUGACAAACACAAAAUCUUUAUUUUCCUCGUUGAUGUCGGUUUGGAGUUUAGAAAACCUGUAGAACGAGGUACAUGUAAGCAUUUCGGAGCUAGAAGAACGGGAGUGGAUCUUUAAGUGCUACUUGUUUCUUAUUUUCUAAAAUAUGAAGAAUGUUGAUUUAGUUUGACAGAAGUAACUAUAGCCAGAUGCUAAUGGAGGAAAGUGUCAGCAAGGGACCAUCAUCCCUGAGGCUAGGUAGCCUUAAGUCCAGUCUGUCAGGAAGAUCAUCUCCAAAGAGUUCUCCUACGUUUCGGAAACUGCAUUCAAGCCGAACGCCAAGAAGAGAAGCUAGAAGUGGAGUUGGUGGCAUUCAAUGGUUUAGUAGCAACAGAUUAGUGUAUUGGUUGCUUUUGAUUACUCUUUGGGCUUACCUUGGAUUUUAUGUCCAGUCCAGGUGGGUUCAUGGUCAUAAAAAGGAGGAAUUUUUGGGUUUCAGUGGUGAUCCAAGAAAUAAACCUGUAGAUGCUGAAAAGAAUGCACGGCGAGAUUUGCUUGCUGAUAAUAGUUUGGUAGCGAUGAAUAAUGGAACUAAUAAAACUCAGGUGUCUAGUGAUAGAAAGUUUGAUGUGAUUUUAGCCAAGAAUGGGAAAGAAGUCUCAUCUAGGAAGAAAAAGAAUAAAAGAGCAAGACGUAAUUUACACAAGACACGUGGUAAAUCAAAGGCAAAAAUGAACAUUGAAAUUGGUGACACAGAGGAUCAGGAACAAGAAAUUCCACAAACUAAUUCUACUUAUGGAUUGCUUGUUGGUCCAUUUGAAGCAGUGGAGGACAGAGUUCUGGAGUGGAGUCCUGAAAAGCGAUCUGGUACAUGUGAUAGAAAGGGGCAUUUUGCACGCCUUGUUUGGUCUAGAAGAUUAGUGUUGGUAUUUCAUGAACUCUCGAUGACUGGGGCUCCAAUUUCAAUGAUGGAGUUGGCAACAGAACUUUUGAGCUGUGGAGCUUCUGUAUCUGCUGUUGUUCUGAGUAAGAAGGGAGGACUUAUGUCUGAGCUUGCAAGGAGAAGGAUCAAAGUGAUUGAAGACAUAGCAGAUCUUAGCUUCAAAACUGCCAUGAAGGCAGACCUUGUGAUUGCAGGAUCAGCAGUCUGUGCAUCAUGGAUUGAUCAAUAUAUUGCACAUUUCCCAGCUGGAGGAAGUCAAAUUGCUUGGUGGAUCAUGGAAAAUAGAAGAGAGUACUUUGAUCGGUCAAAACUUGUUCUAAACCGGGUGAAAAUUCUUAUUUUCUUAUCUGAAUUGCAGAGUAGACAGUGGCUUACUUGGUGUCAAGAAGAAAAUAUUAAGCUGAGAUCUCAGCCUACUCUUGUUCCACUUGCUGUUCAUGAUGAGCUGGCUUUUGUAGCUGGCAUUCCUUGUUCUUUAAAUACUCCAUCAACCAUCCCGGAAAAUAUGUUAGAGAAAAGGCAGUUGUUGCGAGCUGCAGUAAGAAAAGAGAUGGGUUUGAAAGAUAAUGAUAUGCUUGUGAUGUCUCUAAGUAGCAUAAAUGCUGGAAAGGGCCAGCUCAUUCUUCUUGAAUCAGCACGCCUCAUGAUUGAUCAAUAUCCUUUACAAACUGACUCUGAAGUUAAAAAAUCAUUCAAUAUUAGGCUAGAUCAGUCUACCUUGGCUGUAAAGCAUCAUUUAAGAGGCAAAUUUUCCUCUGUAAACACCACAAAUGCUGUUGGUGUCAACAACAGUCACAGAAGGAAGAUAUUUGAUGGAAAAGGAACAGAGGAACAAGCUCUUAAAAUUCUUAUUGGUUCUGUUGGAUCUAAGAGCAAUAAGAUACCUUAUGUUAAAGAAAUUCUGAACUUUUUGUCUCAGCAUGCAAAGUUGUCUCAGUCUGUACUCUGGACUCCUACAACUACACGGGUUGCCUCACUAUAUUCUGCAGCAGAUGUUUAUGUCAUGAACUCCCAGGGACUAGGAGAAACAUUUGGCAGAGUGACUGUUGAAGCAAUGGCAUUCGGUCUUCCGGUGUUAGGGACUGAUGCUGGAGGCACAAAAGAGAUAGUUGAGCACAAUGUGACGGGGCUUUUGCACCCCAUGGGGCACCCGGGGAACCAAGUUCUUGCCGAAAAUCUCCGGUUUUUGCUCGAAAACCCAUCUGCAAGGAAACAAAUGGGGAUGGCAGGAAGAAAGAAGGUAGAAGGAAAUUACCUGAAGAGGCACAUGUACAAGAGAUUUGUGGAGGUUCUGACCAAGUGUAUGAGAAGCAAAUAGCAUUCUAGUGUGUCCAUUUUGGGUACACCAAUUCUCAUUAUUUAAUUGGCUUUCAAUUCUUAGUAUUUAUCCAUUACUCGUCACGGACCCCCUUCAAUCUGUCAUACGAUUUCUUUGCUAUGCUUUUAUCUGCCAGGAAACGCAAUAUUU